GGGUGAAGCAAUGUAAAAGCAGGACCAAGCAGGAGAGGUAGGUGGGUUCUCUGAUAGCAUCUGCCACGGCCAGAUCGCUUCUGAUCCGCAGAAAAAGCACUCUCUCUGGUGUGAUGCGUCUAUUUUUUUCUUUCAUGGGUUUUAAAGAAGAAGAGAUGAUAUAGGAACAAGGUUUCGGGAAUUAAGCGUUGCGCAAAAAUACGGCAAAAGUUUGUUUCUCAGUGCUGAACCUGGGAGUAUUUUUAAUGACAAGACAAAUCCUACGGAUCUAGCAUUUAUCGUAUGAAUCAAAAGUCCUACACCUCGCAUGCUGUACGUGUUGUGUGGGACGCAGAGGAAUGCAAGGAUAACUUUUAAAGAGUCAGCUUUCAGUCACUUCUGACCAGCACCUAGGGAACACAACGAGGUCAGCAUGGGGGCUUAUACAGCCACCCUACUCCUGAUGAGCAUGGGCCUCCUGACCAUCCGUGGCUCCCAGAGGUCCACACCCCGAGUCCGCCUGUCCUUCAAAGAGCUGCUGGAGACCAAAUCGAUCCGUCCCUUCAGUUUCUCCUUCAACACCAGUGACUAUCGCAUCCUUCAUGUGGACCAGGACCAGGGGCGACUCUACCUGGGCAGCCGCGAGUACCUGGUGGCCCUGGAUAUGCAGAACGUCAACAAAGAGCCCCUCAUCAUUCAUUGGCCUGCUCCUGACCAGAGGAAGGGCGAGUGCAGAAUGACUGCCAAAGGGGAGCAGGGGGAGUGUGCAAACUUUGUGCGUCUUAUCGAGCCAUGGAACCGAACACACCUGUAUACAUGUGGCACCGGGGCAUACAAGCCAAUUUGUACCUUUAUCAACAGGGGCUGGAAAGCUGAGGAUUACGUCUUCAGGCUGGUGCCCGGGUAUAUGGAUUCGGGGAAGGGGAAAUGUUCCUACGACCCCAAUCAGGAGAACAUCGCCACUCUCAUCAAUGGAAACCUGUAUGCAGGGGUCUAUGUGGACUUCAUGGGCAUGGACCCAGCUGUCUUCAGAACCAUGGGCGAGAGGCCAGCUAUCAGAACGGAGCAGUACGACUCCAGGUGGCUCAAUGAGCCCGUAUUCAUUCAGAUCCAGCAGAUCCCAGACACCACAGAGGGAAACGAUGACAAGCUCUACUUUUUUUUCCGUGAGAAGAACUUGGAUGGGGUCAGCGGGACCAGCCCCAGUGUCCUGGCCCGGGUGGGACGCAUUUGUCUGAAUGACGAAGGGGGCCAGAAGUCACUGGUGAACAAAUGGACGACCUUCCUGAAAGCACGCUUGGUGUGCUCUGUCAUGGGGGAGGAUGGUGUAGAGACCUUCUUCGAUGAGCUCCGAGAUGUCUUCAUUCAGCCUACUCAGGACGAACGCAAUCCUGUUAUCUACGCUGUCUUCUCCAUAGCUGGCUCCGUGUUCAGAGGCUCGGCUGUUUGUGUAUACUCCAUGGCUGACAUCCGCAACGUAUUCAAUGGACCCUUCUCGCACAAGCAUGGUCACAACUACCAGUGGAUCGCAUAUUCUGGAAAGAUCCCUUACCCACGGCCCGGCACCUGUCCAGGGGGCACAUUCACCCCUGGCGUACGCUCAACCAAGGAGUUCUCAGAUGAGGCCGUGAACUUUGUGCGGACACAUCCCCUCAUGCACCACCCAAUCUACCCGCUCCACAAGCGCCCUCUGGUGGUGCGAUCUGGCGUUGACUACCGCUUCACCACCAUUGCAGUAGACCAGGUGGAUGCAGUAGAUGGGAGGUACGAAGUUCUCUUCCUGGGAACCGAUCGUGGAACAGUCCAGAAGGUGAUCGUUCUACCCAAGGACACCAACAUCAUGGAGGAACUCACUGUAGAAGAAGUUGAAGUCUUCAGGACUCCAACCCCAGUGAAAACAAUGAAGAUAUCAUCUAAAAGGCAACAGCUUUAUGUGUCGUCCGAGGCAGGGCUUAGUCAGCUGUCCCUGCACCGGUGCACGGCCUACGGUAAGGCCUGCUCCGACUGCUGCCUUGCCCGGGACCCCUACUGUGCUUGGGAUGGGGAGAUCUGCGCUCCCUUCACGCUGGCCACCAAAAGGAGGAGCAGAAGGCAGGACAUCAAACAUGGAGAUCCCCUGCGCCAGUGCCGGGGGUACAACGCCAAGGAGAACCGUCUGAGAGAAACGGUGCAAUUCGGCGUGGAGGGGAACAGUGCGUUUCUGGAAUGUCAGCCUCAAUCUCCCCAAGCAACCGUGAAGUGGCUGUUUCAAAAGGACGGCAGGAGGAAAGUGCUCCAUCGGGACCGCGAGGUCCUAAAGACGGGUCAUGGCAUUCUACUAAAAGCCGUGAACCAAUCAGAUGCUGGGAUGUACCACUGCCUGACCACUGAGAACAAAUACAAGCGUACCGUGGCUCGGGUGGCACUGCGCAUCCUGGACCGCGAGAUUGUGGAGGCCCUCACCUCCCCUGACGCAGCCCCUGUCCGCCACCAACCCUUCCCGCCGCCCCCACCUCCCCCUCCUCCGAAUCCGCCCCCGCAGCCGGAGGUGCAGCUCAUGAACCAGUACUGCCAGACGUAUUGGCAGGAACCAAAACGAACCAGCAGAAGACAUGUGGAGGAUGUGGCGCUGCUCUCCGGCCACUGACGCCUGGGUCGGUACCAGCAUUCCAGCCGUGGGCUUUGUGUCAUGGCCUCGAUCUGGUUUCCCUUUCCUGUAGGAACAACUCGAUGAUUAAAGAGAACAGAGUCCAGUCUGACCUAAGCUGUCCAACUGGCACAUCUGGUUUCAGCUUCACUCCAAAACUGCAGCUUCAUCCAACCUGCACGAAGGCAGCCGGGUAUGAUCGGAUCCCCCUUCUGCGUAUUUACGUAACGUAGUGGCCUGGGUUCCCUCGGUUAUCCGUUUUCUAAUUUUGCUCCUCAGCAGCAUGUGAUCUGAGAUGCAGUCCAACCUUUGCUGUGCUUUUCCUGCUUUCGAUGGGGUUUAUGUGUUGCUGUUUUGUUACCUGGCCCAUGAUCCUUCCUUCAGCCAAGGACAAACUCAAGAUGUGGAUCAAGUGACUGAGACAAUGAGAACACACUGCUAGGGUUAAGAAAACAGCGUGGCAAGGCUAAGGUUGAGGUCUGAAGACAGGCACAAUGUGUUACACUACACACGUUUAGGUUAUUGACAAUUAAUGUGCAAUAUGAAUUAACACUUUGAACUGUGCAGUUGGUCUAAGCGUAUGUAGUUAUUUAAACUGUUAGAUCCUAAAGUUAGUAUUUAAAGCACUUACAGUAUAAGCCACAGACCUUCAAACUCUCUGAAUGUCAUUGCAUUAUUUUUAGUGUUGGGAAUGGUAUUCACAAAAGAAAUCCAUUACAGACACAACUGGAAAGUUCAGGUCCAGAAAGCACAAAUCCAGACCAAGGUUUUGUUUCAGUUGAGUAUAAAAAGUCACCAUUACAGAGUACACAACUGGUUGGUUGAAACAAAACCUUGGUCUGGAUUUAUCCUUUCUGGACCUGAACAUUCCAUCUCUGUCUGUAAUGGAUUACUUCUGUGAGUAACUUUCCCAGCACUGAAUAUUUUAGACCAUAAAUUCACUUUUUUUGUAAAAAGCUAUUGAAAGAUUCAUGUGAUUAUAACACCCCACAUUAAAAUGGUAUGGCUGAGCUUUUAAGCAUAUUUAAAUGACACAUGUUUCACACAUGCAGUGUUCAGGAUUUUGGUGUGUCAAUUUUUGUGAUUUGGAGUGUUUAUUUUAUGUGUUUUUUUUGUGUCUUUUUGCGUCAAAGCUAUUUCUACUUGUGAAACGUACCUUGUGUAAUUAUUAUUUUUUUUAAUGGUCAUGAUACAUUAACUACUGGCAUGGUUUAUGAGUUGAAUGCACAAAUUGUGAUUUAUAAGCAUACUGUAAACACUGAUAUAAAAGUAAGUCCAGUUGUCCCCUCCUUUGGUUUCAUUGGCUAAUUUAAAAUCAGAAACAAUCAUUAUAUUCAAACAUUGUUACAGUAGCUAAACAAUCUUAAGAACAGAGAAAGAUAAACACUGCAUCUGAACUCCCAACUUCAUUUAUUUGUUAUGCAUUAUGCAAUUAAUUCAGGCAUUUUUCAGAUUUAGUCCUUCAUUCCAGACUGUAGGUAUUUGGCAUCAUUGUAUGCAGGGACGGAUUAUGGGUUGUGUGGGCCCCUGGGCAAAACGUUCGCAAGGCCCC